AAUAAAAGGUUAAACUUGUUCUAUCUGGGAAAAAGAUAGAGAAACUUUAGCGUUUCAUUUUUCUUUAGGCCUAACAGGAAAACUUACUUAGUUCUAAAUAAAUGAAUAAAUAAGGAAAGGCAUUCUCUAAUUCCUCUCGGUAACAAUGGGAUCACACCCAAGCACAAGUGGUUUAGGAUAGUGCUACUUGGCAACUGUAAAGCAAUCAAGGCCUUGAUAUAGACCCUCCUCCUUCCUUCUGUGACAGUAGACGGCAUUGACUCAUUGCAAGUGAAUUUAUGGCUGUUCUGGGUGAAUCCAAAACCAGUCGUAGGAUUUAGGGUAAAAUCCACACACACUUUCUUUUGGUUUGAUAUGAUCGUCAGGAAAAGAUCAAAUCUAACUUUGCUUCGACGAUGGGAUUAGUUAUUUGUGGUUGAAGUUGAGAUGAGGCUAAUUUGAGGGUGUCUGAGUUAAAAAAAAAAAAAAAAAAAAAGUCUAAAAUGUGAUUGAAUUUGACGGAUAUCUAAUUACUGAUGUGGUAACGUUCUGAGCGGAUGAGAAAUACCUGACAACGAUGAUUUUCGAAAUCGUUCUCUUCCUCUCCCUCGUUCUCAUCCUUCGCCAUUGGCUCACGAGACCCAAGGGAUUGCCUCCAGGUCCUCUUGUGUAUCCGAUUUUUGGCUCCGGUUUGACUUUCCAGAUGAAGAAAGUAGAGUACUACCAGAAGAAAUAUGGAGACGUCUUCAUGUUAGAAUUUGCUGGAGUGAAACUUCUCUACAUCUGUGACUACAAACUGAUGAAGGAUGGCCUGGGAAGGACUGAGUUUUCGGAUCGUCCAAAUUUAGAAGGAUUCCACUUCCUGACCGACGGGAGGGAAUCAGGAGUGAUCAUGAGCAAUGGUCAAAGGUGGGUCAAAGCCCGACGGUUCCUCCUCAGGAACCUGAGAGAUUUGGGCAUGGGCAAAUCAAGACUUGACGAUGCCAUCGUCCAUGAGGCCCGAUAUCUGAUCGAGGACUUCCAGCACUACGCUGGAAACCCUUCCAAGUUUCCAGAAUCUUUGAAUAUCGGUGUUCUCAAUGUAGUCUGGCAAAUGGUUGCAGGUCGGAGGUAUGACUUACACGACGAGGAGGUCUGCGAUUUCAUCAAGAUCAUGAAAAGGCUCCAGGAAGAUGCUUUUGGGUUUUUCAUCCUCGAGACUUGCCCUAUCUUGAAGAAGAUUCUCCCAAAAUAUGUCAUCAACAAAUUCUUCCGAAUGGAAAUUCUGGAUCACACUGUGGCUGCUGCAAAGAAGCUGUUUGGGAAAACGAUAGAAGCCAGGAAGGCCGAGCUAGACAUCAACCACGCAGAGAAUGUGAUCGAUGAGUACCUCAUUCAGAUGAACGACAAAACAGAAAUAGCAGAGUUCUUCAAUGAGGAAGACUUGAUGACGGUCAUCUUUGACCUGUUCAGUGCCGGUUUCGAGACGACCUCCAACGUACUCAGGUGGAUGAUACUCUAUGCAGCCAAGUACCCGGAUGUCCAGAAGAGAGUUCAGGAGCAAAUUGACGAAGUGGUUCCUCGUGGGGAGUUUCCCACCAACCAACACAAGUCACGGUUACCUUUGCUGGAAGCCUUCAUCCACGAGGUCCUUCGAGUGAGCUCCCUCUUGCCCUACGGUGUACUUCACGCCACUGGUGCAGAUACCCACCUAGCAGGAUACCUCGUGCCAAAGGGCACGUUAGUCUUCGCCGUAAGUGGAUUUUCCCAUCAGGAUCCACGCUACUGGGAGAGUCCUCAGAAGUUUAAGAUCGAAAGGUUCCUGGAUGAGGAAGGAAAGUUCAUUCCCCACAAGGAAGGAUUCACUCCAUUUUCGAUAGGCAAAAGGAAUUGCUUGGGAGAAUCUCUGGCCAGGAUGGAAUUGAGCAUCUUCUCGGCGGCGCUGUUCCAGAACUUCACUUUCUCACCGCUAGAGGGACGGGAGAUAGACCUUACUCCCCAAAAUGCACCCUUGGUGAAUUUAGCGCAGGACCAGGGCAUUCUCAUAUCCGCCAGGAACUGAAUUUGGUGAAUUGUGUAUGUAUUCACACACAAACAAGUCCAUAUAGAAACUGUAUACUGUGCUAUGUACUCACUAUACAGAUAGAUUCGCCCUAAUCUCGUAUAAACAUAAUUAAUAACUAACACCAUAUCUAUGUGAUAUCUUGUACAGUUUUUUAAAACUGAAUUUCCAUCUAUCAUUACGUAAGCUUUAUGUUUUAUUGUAAGAAACUCUUAAGUUCUCAAUAAAGAAUAUUUCAUA